AUGACUCGUAACGAGAAAAGACAAUCUAGCAGUCCUUCAUACGAAUUUAUAAGUUCAGAUGACGAACCAGCAACAGUAGCAAUAUCACCAUCUGAAAAAGAACUUCUUACAGUUGUAGUAACAUUACCUGAUGAAAAAUUAAAACUUUUAAAACCUCAAGAAAAAACAAGUCAAAAGAAACGAAAACUUGGUCCUAACCCACUUAAAAGGCAAAAAAUUUCUGAAUCAAUGGCUUCAAGUUCGAAAAAAUCAAUUGAAAAUCAAGAAGACUCAGAAAGUUCUUAUUACGUUGAAGAAGAAGAGAUUGAUGAAGCCAAAGUAAAUAAUAUGGUCAGAAUAUUUGUUAAUACUUUUAAGAGAAAUCCCGAUUUGUGGGCAAAUUUCAAGAAUGUUGUUGAAGAACAAAUAAUUACUGAUGAUAAGAGUGGAAAUAAUAUAACAUCUAAGAAAGAUAAAGAUUUUUUAAUGGAAUUAAAGUGUCUUUUUCUUAGAAGCCGUAACCCAUCUACUUCCACUUUACAACAAAUAAUCGAAAAUAUCUGGCAAGGAUACAUCAUCAACUCCCCUGAAUCAACCGCAUAUAUUUCCAAAGCUCAUCGAUAUUUUGACUCGUUCAGAAAUGACUUAAAUAAGAACAUGAUAAUACUUGCACGCCAGUUCAUAAAAGACAAAGAUAUUGAAAUAAAUGAUACACUCGAUAAAGAUGAAAUAAUUAAUUAUGUGGAUGAGGCAAUUGUAAAAAAAACGCUCUCUCUUUUUUUAAAGGCUAUUCACAGCUCAUCAUGGAAUAAUACCGAAUUUGUCAAAACUCUUAAAAGGUUUGUACGACAUUGUUUAUAUUUUCACGUACAACAUAUUAUUAAUGGAGAAGAUAAGACAAGAUACAGUAUAGAUGUACUUGAAAAAGUCAAAUCAGAUAACGUUAACAAUAUUACGAAAGAUUUACCAGUUCAUAGUUUAAGUGGUUUAGAUUUAGCAAACAAUGUUUUUUUGUAG